UUACAGUAUUAUAGCCGAACCUUCAAUUGGGCAUAUAUAGUCUUCGUCACCACCAUGGGUAUCAAACGUUUUUGUAACCCGGGAGUCAUGUACACCAAACGUAUCCCCGCCGCUCUCCUCUUCGUAUUCUGUUGUAUAGUCUUCAGCGUCUAUAUCACUUACUUCAAUCAUGGGCCGCCCGAGGACAUAAUGAAUCGGAACAGACAACAGGGACAGGGUGUUGCUGAAAACGGAGGCAAUGGCUUGCAUCUCACAAAACGAGAUGAAUCAAACGUUAUUGAAAAAGAUGAGGAAGGAGUUGAUGAACAAAUCAGGGAUGAAGAUAAUCCUGACUUUGUGGAGUCAAAAAAACUAUGGGAUAACUUUAUUAAGUCAAACAAUUAUGUGUCAAUAGGGGAUCUCUACAAUGGUUGUGAGGUAGGUGACAGAGAACUCGUUGGAAAGACGAUUAUGCUGCCUGAUAAAGAGAAUGGAGGAAUAAAAUCAAGAACAUUUCUAAAUUUUACGUUUGAGGAAGAGUACACGGGUGGCGAGUUUGUACUGGAGGUGAAGUACAACAACAAAGACCUUUACGACAAUCAUUGGGACAUGUGUGCACUAGACGAUCAGCAGCCGGACCGUCUCAUCUUCUGUCCAUAUAAAGUCAAUGCGCAGUGGUCUUGGGUCAAGGACAAGAAAAUCCCUGGCUAUCUUCCGAAGGGACGGUACGAAACGAAGGCGUAUGUUACAGACCAGAACGAGAAACGUGUACUGUGUGGAUAUUCGUUAUUCAUUCUUUAGUACAGAACACUCCUUCCUUGCGAUAUCUCAGGACUAUCCCAAAGAUCUGCCUAUAUAUGACGACGUGAUACUCAUUGAAAAGUUUUCCACAAGAUCAUCAGUGACUAUCUCCAUCAGUAUCAAGUGUGACGAAAGACUGUGAUUUGACGGGGAUUAACAACUUAGUUGAGCACUGUAGAUCUUGUCAGAGACAAAGAAUGGUAUGAAAACCUCCACUAUAAUAUAACAUGUUGGUGAACAUGUGUAGUUAUGUAUCAAUGCAAAUUAUUGAAUAAUCUAUUUUGUUGUCCAAUUAGCUGUGGUAAAAUGACGUUAAUGUUCAAUACGUUUUAAUUAUAUCACAUAAUAUUAUUAACUAUUUGCGAAUGUUUUCUUUGUUUUGUCAUAGUCGUAGUAGUUUUUAGUAUUAAAACUUUGGCGUUUUAAAUAUUAUUUUUAAAUACAUGUAUGUUAUUUAUUGUAGUGUCCUCUGGUUACUGAAUUAGUGUUGAGAUAAAGUGUGAAAAGAGUGUUAUAUUUGUAUGAAUUAUUACCUGUGUGUGAGAAAGGACUCAGAACUUUGAUUUAUCCCUUCACUUUCUGUUUUUAUGGUUUUAUAUAUGAUUCUUAUUCAGUAUGUAUUUGCUAUCCGCGGUAAACUAUCGUUGAAUUUACAGAUAUAUUCUUCACAUGUCAGGCUUGUUAAGGACGUAUAAAUAAUGCGAUAAUUUAAAUACGAAUUAGUCCUACAUGAUGAUAGUAUAGAAAUAAAUAUCAUUUCACAGUGAAACGUGAAUAUGAUAGCUGUAAUCAGUACGACCCGGAGUG